CGCAGCAGCCCCCGCUGCCUGCAGAAAACGAACUGCGCAGCACCGGAGCACGACAGAGGGGGCUGUCUGCGGGACAGGAAACACGGAAAUCCAGACUGACACUAAGAACCACCAGCUCUUGUUCUCAAACGUUACCAAAAACAUGACAGCAACUACUAUUUCUCCUUUCUUCGAGUACAGUGAAGUCCCGAACAAGAACAAGAUGUUGAACUGCAGCAACAACAGCUGUCUUGGUGGACCUCAUCUUACAUCUAACUCACGCUCCAGUACCAACCUUUCCUCCUGCACCCCCACUGGGUCCCUGCUGGACAGGAAGGUGGGGGGGGGGCCCUCUGCAGGAGGCCUGUUCCAACGCCGUCACUCAGUCAGCCUCCCUGGUGCAAAAUUCAGCCAGAACCAAUUUAUCAACAGCCUUAAAACAGAUUCCUCGGUGUUGUUGGGCAGCAGUAACAACAAGGAGAACCGUCUCCGUGAGCGGUCCUACUCAGAGCUGGGGGACAGGCUGCAGCCUGGUAGUCAGGUGUGCACGGAUGGAAGCAGCCAAGUCAACUCAAACCGCUAUAAGACAGAGCUGUGCAGGCCCUUUGAAGAGAAUGGCACCUGUAAGUAUGGUGAUAAGUGCCAGUUUGCCCACGGCAUGCAUGAGCUGCGCAGCCUGAGCCGUCACCCAAAGUAUAAGACUGAGCUGUGCCGCACCUUCCACACCAUUGGUUUCUGCCCAUAUGGCCCCCGCUGCCACUUCAUCCACAACGCAGAGGAGCGCUGUGGGCCCCCACCCCUCUCUGCCUUCAACAAGAUGGAGCGCCCUCGACUGCAGCACAGCUUCAGCUUCGCCGGCUUCCCCCGCUCUGGUGGCCGGCAGGAUAGCCCCACUUCUGUCACACCUCCACCCAUGUUCUGCACUGAAGACCUGACGGAGUGGCAGAGCAACUCUUUCACCUACUCCAGUGAGGAGCUUGCCAGCCUGUUUGGCCACAGCCUGGGGUCCCCACCUGUGUUUGAACCUCAGGGACCAGCCCGGCCUUCACCGAACACCCCCUGCUUUUUCCAGACCACAUCAGAGAGCCCCCCCAGCCCCCCUGACUCUCUUUCUGACCAGGAGGGCUACCAGAGCAGUCAGGGUAGCCAGAGUGGCUCUGAGUCUCCCCUGCUGGAUGCCUCCCGCCGCCUCCCCAUCUUCAGCAGGCUCUCUGUCUCUGAUGAUUAAGGAUUCUGCAUCUCUGGGCUUGAGAUGGAGUGAUGAGGAAGAAAAAGGGUGAGGGGGGGGAUAGAGAGGAAGGUGGAGGCCAUUCACGUCCUCUUCUUCUUAGCCCUGUUUACAGGAGAAGCAGACUGUGCUACAUUGUUGUAGCCACACAGUCACCUCAGAAUAUUGGAUGCCUCAUGAUGAUUGUCUUUUACUUUUAAGGACACAUCCACCCCCGAAUUCAGAUCAAGUCUCUUCAAUACGAUGAACAGUUGGUAAACCGCACACUGGUGCCAUGGUGGAUUGUGAAAAGUAGCUCAGAGAUUAUGAAGUAGUUUAAAUAUGACUUAUAAUGGGCAGUAGCAGUGGUAGUGUGGUCAGUGUGUGUUCCAGUACAGGGUGUCUGUACUGUACUUUGUGUCUUGCAGUGUUCUGUAGCUCCAGACAGCCAUUAUUAUUAUUAUUAUUAUUAUUAUUACUAUUAUUGCCUGUGCCACAGCCUUUACACCUUCCAGAGGUUUGUGACAACUCAGUGUUCAGUUUGUAAGGAUCGGCACUUUAAAAAGAACAAGACAAAGUCAGUGGACAGUUAAUUUAUAAAGCUGCUGUUGGGUUUUUUCAGGUGAAGGCCUAGACUUUCUUUUUCUCUAAUCAUACCCAGUUUCCUGUUCUCUCACUUGUGCCAUGGUGAUUAUUUUUUAAGAGGCUUACUCACAGAUUGCCUUCCUUCAGUCAGGCUGGAAUGCUGGUGCUACGUGCUUUGUUUCAUUGAGCUGGUGGCCAGUUCUCUAUUUGCUGCAGAGCAAACUGAAAAAUCACACCAGAAACUUCAAAGGCCUCCAUCCCAAUAAAAUGGAGGUGAAUGGAAUGCAGUUUUUGCUACUCAUAAAUUCAUCAUAAUAAAUUUAAAAGGCAGUGUCUUCCAGAUCAAUCUAUAUCAGUGUUACUCUGGAUGGUGUCCACAGAAAAUACUGGAGACAGUUUUCAUGCAGACUAUUUCUUUGUUAAUUGGAUUAUCCACAGGGUCACUGACAAGUGGGUAUUGAUUUUUUUUUUUUUUUAAAUAAUAUUUGUCAAUACUACUAGAGUAAAGAGAGAAUGUUUUCAUUUUGUAAUUUUGGGUGAACUAACCUUUUAAGAAACUGCCAGCAGACGGUGUUAAACAGCAAUUGGCGGGUACCUUUUGACAAUUUUCCACCUUUAUCUUAAGAGUUGCUUAACUGCUGCAAGGUUUUUUUUUCCUAUAAAAUAUGAGUAGUUCAGCUUUUUCUUUCUGAUCAGAUAUUUCCAGCCCCCCAUUGAUCAAUUCUCUGUCUGAGGCAACGUCAGCUGUUUGAAAUCAGAUGAGCAUAAGCACUCCUUUUGAUUCCUCCGUGUUCAAUAUUAUUAGUAUUAUUAUUAUUAUGUUUUCGUUAUUACUAAUAUCAUUAUUGUCUAGUUUAUUUUCUAAAGCCUUCAAAGUAAGGGCUUUGGUUGUCACUGCUUAUUUAUCAAAAUGUAUUUAUUGCUGAUUCAUUUUUAUUUUGUAUUUAUCUGGUUAAUGAAACAAUAGAAUAUAUAUUUUAUGUUAAGUUAUGAUCUUCCAUAUUAAUUGCAAGAUUGUGAAAAACUUUUUGUUAUAUUUUCACAGUUAAUAUAUUAUACUGCAAUGACAUUUUUUGUAACACUUGAUUUAUUUUUUAAGUGAAUCUUUAAUUUAAACAUUGCACAAAAGUUUAGCAUUUUUAUUUAUUGUGUGCUCCUCCCACAUGUUGGACUACAGGUGGAGAUUCUCUGUCACAGUCUGAAGGCAAUUUCAAUGCCCCAGUGUAUGCCAGAGGCAUCCCUACAAACUUUCACUUCUCAGUGACUGUGAGAGGUUCUGCAGCUGCCAUUAUCAAGUUGAAAUGAUGGAAAAACUAAUAAUAGUAAUGAAAUGCAAACUAAUCAGGUCACUAAACUAGUGGCAUACAGUUUAAGUUAUGAAUGCACACAGGAUGCAGGUAUUGCUGAUGGUUCACACAGGGGUCUUACAUGUGGAGAAUGUUUGUUUGGCGUAGGGGCCCAUUUCCAGGCUUUUCAACCACAUUUGGAAAUUGCACUAAAGAGUGAGGAAAAUAUUUUUGUAUUCUUGAGAUACAGAUACAUAGAACCAUACAAGUCAUAGCCUUAGACCUUCUUCCUUUGAAGAAUAGCAAUUUUACUGGAGAACAAUCCUCUACCGAGCAUCUGUAAGAAUAUUCAGCACGAUAUUGAUCAACUGGAUUUGAUUGAAUUCAAAGUGUGGUAUAACCCCAGAAUGCUGAAAGAGUAUUUGUGUGGGAACCCUGUUUACAUCUCCACCUGCACUGUAGAAAAUGUCAAAUUACCAGACUGAAAUGCAGAGCAUUAACUGCUGCUUCCAGUGUGUUCAGGCCUCAGGAAGAGAGACCUGCAGCUUGUUUCAUCCUCUAGAAUGUAGACUGGCUCUGGAACAGUCUUGUCCUCAUAAGUGUCUUUGACUGGGAUGAAUUCUCAUUUCAUUAUCAUCAUUUCAUUAUCAAAGUCAGUCAGUCAAAUCCGUUUCACUCAGUGAUUAAAGACAACAUUUUAAGCUCUUAUUUUGAAAGGAUAAUAGAAGCUCUUCCACAGUAUCAUGCACAGACUUACAAGCACUUUGAGUCAUGACGAUGAUGAUGUAAAAGUUAUUUUUGACCACUUUUUCCUAUGAUGUGCCUGUAAAUACAUUCCAGGUUUCCCAAAUGUUGUGCCUUCAUAUUUUUCUAUAAAUGGAGCGAUAAAAGCUUAAAAUGUGUUCCUGUAGUUUUAACAUUGACACAGGAAAAGGAACUGUUGAAUGUAUUCUCCAGCAGCCAUUGCUGUUCACUACAGUAAUUACUUUGUUCAUGGUUCAUGUUGUAAUGACAGAUUGCAGUUAAGACCAAUAAAACAUGUAUUUAUAUUUAA